AUGCAGCAGAUACCCCGUACAGAUGAUGCCACGACUGAUGGCUUUGCAGGAUUAGCAGAGUUUCCAGCUUCUCAAGUUGAUGAUAGCCUGUCCGAUUCUUUGAGCUACUCUAGUCCGAAAAGCAGUAAAUCUAAUAGACUAUCCAGUGAUAGCUUCCUUCUCGACCCAUCGGAUAAAGAAUCUACUUCUAGCUACAGAUAUGCGUCCUUGACUUCUGAAUCUAAAAUAGAAGCACAAUUGAUUCAUACACAGAUGCGCUGCUCAUACAAUACUAAAAGUAAUCCAAUUGACAAGCGGAAGGAUUAUGAAACAUUGUCCGAUGAUGUGGCUGUUCUUAGUAAGUAUAGAAUCAGUAUCCAUGGGCAGCAAAGCCGGUACUGCCUCGUAGUAGAAUGGAUCCCUGCCGAGAAUCUAGAGCUAUUCAAAGAGCUGGCUGCGCGGAGAUAA